UGUAAACGAGCCAGUAUGGCGGAGGGGGAAAGUGAUUUGGAAACAGACAGGCUAGAAUUGGAACUGGAGACUUUAUACAUAUACUCUAACGACAACUGUUCAGUACAAAGCAAAGAAUAUUGCUCCGAGUUUUGUAAGCUGGUAGAGGUGCACACAGGGAGAUGGCAGGUGCCGCUGCCCCAGCUGAAGGUGCUGCGGACGGCUCUGACCUGCUUCACCAGAGCCACUGUUGCCUACCCCGAUGACUGUCAGCACGUCAAUUAUGCUCUCAGCAGCUUGGCUAUGAGCUUCUUUGAGCUGAUGUUGUUUUUCGGGAAAGAGGAGUUCCUAGAGGCCCCUCUGAGGGACAUAUUAGCCUCUUUUCAGGCCUGUCAUCGUCGCCUGCUGAGACACAGGAACGUGUACCUGCUGCAGGUGAGGCAGAUCAUCAAAGAUGGCGGUCCCUGGGAGAGACCCGCUCUGCAAUCCAUCCUGAAAGACACAGCCCUCACACAGACAGAAGUGGAGAAGUAUUUGAGCUCAGAGAAGCCAAUGUUCUUUGAGCUGCGUGUGCGGUACCUGCAGGCCUGUGAGCGCGUGCAGGAGGCCAUGGCCCUGGCUAAGUGCUGCCUGGAACACCCAGAUGUGUGGAGGCACCUGUUCUUCCACCAGGCCUACCUCACAUGCCUGUGCAAGGCUUCAUUACAUCAACACCUGCACAAGGAGAUGGCUGAGAUAGAUGGCAGAGACGCAGUAGAGAUAAUCUGUAAUGCAGAGAGCCAGGAGAAAGAUGAGCUGCUGCUGUCUCUGUGCAAAGCCUUCCUCAGCCAACGGCUACACAACGGAGACAUGUACUACAUCUGGGAUCUGGUGUUCUUGUGGAGCAGACUGUACCUCAGGGCCCAUCCCUCUAAGCAGGGAUUCCUGUCUGAGUGUCGCCAGCUGAUGCUCUCCGCCAUCAACGCCAGCGCCAUCUUCCCCUUCAUCAAAGUCAUCACAGCAGAGAUGGGUAGUGAGGGAGUGCCAUUGUGUGUGGAGCUUUGUGCUACAGCGUUACAGACAGACCUCCAGUCUGACCCUGUAACACGCUGUCUACUGUGUAAGACCAUCGCCUUCCUGCUCCCCAGGGACCUGGAGGUAUGUCGCCUCUGUGCCCUGCUAGUGUUCUGUCUGGAACGUAGCAUGGAGGCCUACAAGACCAUGUAUCUGCUCUACACAUACCCCGAUGAGGAGCCACACCCCCAGCACACCCAUGUCAGAACCAACAUCCGCUUCUAUAUCCUACAGGUGCUGAAGGAAGGUCUGUUCUUUGACCCAGAGUUCUGGAAUCUGCUGACCCUGAGAACCCACUGUCUGGAGCUGAUGACUGACAAGGCCACGAAGGAUGCUCUAAAUGAGCUGAAGGAGGAAGAGGAGUUGGAGCAGGUGGAGGAGGAGUGGAUACCAAGCUACUGGAUGGAGGAGGAGACUUGCAGAAUACACACAGAUGCCUCCCACCUCCACCCACACACUAACACAACACUAGAGAGCUCUGACACUGUAGGUCAGGAACCCGAAGAGGUAUUGAAUGGGGAUGCUCCUGAGUCACAGACAGAGGACUUCCCUGUGAGGAGGAGGAGGAGGAAGAGGAGGUGGAGGAGAAGAAAGUGUAGGUCAGAUAUUGAGUAUGCUAACGACCCAGACAUUAAGUACUCCCUCAUUCACAAUCUCAGUUCUGAAAGCUCCACCAAGCUACCGGCCAAUCGGCAGAGAGAAUACCUGGCCAGACAUGUGAAGAACAAGAUCCUGAAGAGACGCUGCAGGAAACCAAGAUGGCUGCUCCUGGAGAUGACCAGACAGACAGAGAACAUAUCCCCAGGAGGAAUGAGGGAGAAGCGACGGGAGGGAAUGAGAGGAGAGGAUAAGAGACAGGGGGGGGAGGGGAAGGAGAGGGGGCAUGAAAAGGAAAAUAAGAGAGAGAUGAGGCAGGGAAGGGAGAGUAAGAGACCUUACCGUCAGACUAUAUCUGGCAUGGAGCUGUCCUUCCCUGAAAAUGAAGUGCCUGUUGACCGGGAAGUGGUAGAGAGUCAUCUAGAACCCAGUGUUCGUAUUAAACAACAGCACAGUGAUUCUGAGAAAUAUGUUAACAUGGGACUGCCUAAUGGUGUAUAUGGUGAGAGACCGUUUAAGUAUAAACCAGAGUCAGACGUGGAGACUUCUGCGGUGGAGACUUCGGUGGUGGAGACUUCGGCGGGGGAGACUUCUGCGGUGGAGACUUCUGCGGUGGAGACUUCUGCGGUGGAGACUUUGGCGGUGGAGACGUCUGCGGUGGAGACUUCUGCGGUGGAGACUUCGGCAGUGGAGACUUCUGCGGUGGAGACUUCGGCAGUGGAGACUUCUGCGGUGGAGACUUCGGCAAUGGAGACUUCGGCGGUGGAGACGUCGGCGGUGGAGACUUCUGCGGUGGAGACUUUAAAAGUGGAACCUUUAGAAGUGGAGCCUUCAGAGGUAGACCCUUCAGAUGCAAAGCCUUUAGACUCCAAACGUUCAGUAGUAGAGCCUUCUGACAUAGAGCCUUUAGAAGUAGAGCCUUCAGACGUGAAGGUUUUAGAAGGUCCCAGUGAGCAGACUGACCCAGAGUUGGAUGGUCCAGCCUUGGAGAUGGAGGAGUGUCCACUGAAACUGUUCCACAUCUACGCCAAACUUUCCAAAGGGACAGCUGCUAAGGAACUACUUUCUAGAGAAAGUGAAUUCACAGUGACAGAGGCGGGACCAGACUCAAACACUCAGGGUGAACAGACCAAGCCAGGCAAGGCUCCAGUACGCUCCAAACACCUGCGCUUCCACUGCAGCCACUGCCAGAAACUCUUCAAGGGAGGCAACGUGGUGAGACACACCCUGGCCCACCUGAAGCUGAGAAAGACCCGGCUCAGCUGUGUCUUUUGCGGCAAACACUUCCAAAGGUACAACCGCGCCAGGGAACACGUUCUAGAGCACAUAGAGGAACUGAGAACUUUCACAGCCAACAUUAAGGUCAAACCCACUGUCAAUGGGGAGACAUAUCCCUCAAAGAAUAUUAAUCAAGCUUCAGAGAACGAAGCGAAACCUGUUGAGAACGUGACUGAGCCCUCGACUUCGACGGACCAGCCUCCUAAACCCAAACGUGUUAAAGCCAAGCCGGUGGUGAGCAAGCAGAGUAGAAUCAUCCAGAACCUGAGAAACCUGAUCAGAAAGACCCAGAACCAGAAGUGUAAAAUGGACAUGGACAUGGACAACCUGAAGUCUGUGGAAGUGACUGAUGAACAGGUGACUGUGAAAGACAAAGUGGUGAUCGUGAGAGAGGUGGUGCCUGGGAAGGAGACAGAGGGAGGAGAGGACAAGGAGAGUGAGGGAGGAGAGGAGGAGGGGAAGCAGAAGCAGUACCACCUGUGUCCUUCAGAGGGCUGUGACAGCAUCUUUAUGAAGAUCGGCCCAUCGCUGCUGAGACACGCUGUCACCUACCACAUGGAGGACGCAGCCGUCCUGGACAAGACCUUCCAGUGGGGGAAGGGGAAGUGCCAGAUCUGCCAGAGGCUCUUGUUGGUGAUUGAGCACUACAGAGACCACAUGAAGCUCCAUGAUGCUCCUCUAAAACAUGCAUGUCUCCACACGAACUGUGACCAACGCUUCAAGACUGCCCAGGAGCUCAAAGACCACAUAGACACCCACCGCCCUCUCCAGGCCCCCUGUGGGUACUCCGGCUGUAGGGAGAUCUUCUUUACCCUCCCCUCUCUCCACGACCACGAGUGGAGGCACUAUACCCAGCCCCAGUCUAAAGACGAGCUGGAGCAGGGCGCUACCACAGAGCUGAGCCCUGAGGGCGAGGCCCCCUGGAAACAGAGGGCGAAGAGCCAGGAUGUGACAGUGCACGGGUGGAGGGGGCAGAGGGAAACGCCUACUCCCAAAAGCAGGCACUCUGAUCCUCAUGAGAAGUGCCUUCACUGUAACAGGUACCUGUGGAACCACCAGCACUUCCUAGAACACAUGAAGAUCCAUGAUGCUCCUCUGAAACAGGUGUGUCUCCACCUGAACUGUGGCCAGCGCUUCUACAGAACCCACUUACUCUGGGAGCACAUGGAUACGCACCUGCCUCUCCAGGCCCCCUGUGGAUACUCCGGCUGUGGGCUGAUCUUCUCCCGUCUCCCCUCUCUCCACGACCAUGAGUGGAGGCAUUACAUCCAGGGCCAGCCUAAUGACGAGCCAACAGAGGAGCAGAGCGCAUCCAAAGAGGAGGGGCAGACUCCGGAGUCAGACACCAACGGUAACGACUAUGACGGCCCAAUGGAGACUCCGGGCACUGUUCAUGGUGCUGUCACCACACCUCCUAAUCAUUGCACACUGAAACUCAUCAACGGCCAUGAUGAAAAGGAUAAGAAAGACAAAGCCCCCGAGACAGCCGUCCCUGCCACCACUACCACCUCUCCCACACCCCCAUCCCAAACCACCACAUCCACACACCACCAUCCCAGAAUCCUCCAAAACAUCACUGAGCCAAUGACCAUGAGGGACGUGGACAAUAUCGUCAGUUUGGCUCAGGUGGUGCCUGGCGGAGAGGAACCGGUUAUCGCAGAACACAAGACCUUCAAACAAGAGGAUCCUUCCUACCUACCACUGGCCAAAGCUCCCCUCAUCCGCCCGCCCCCCUCUACAUACCUGACCGAGGCAGCCCUCAGCAUGCGCAAGCGCAGGAAGCCCAGUGAGGUCACUUCCUGCGGGCCUGGCAAAAAGAGUAAGGCUGCGGUAAAGAGGAGUGUGGUGGGGAAGAAGGAGAUGGUGGCUGAGAAGGAGGCCCCUCAAAGACAGCGCUGCUCCAAGUGUUUCUCCUCCUUCACUAGCACAGAGGAACUGGAGAAACAUCUCUCCCAAAAUACCUGCUCCUCCCUCUUCAGCUUCGACUCCGAUGACGACAGUGAGUAGCGUUAGUGGUGAAGGGGAGUGAAAUGCUCUUCAUGUUCAAGCACUACAGAGACCAUAUGAAGCGCCACAAUGCUCCUAUCAGACAGGUGUCUCCACUUCUAGGUUAUAUCUGUACUCUCUGAACUGGGCCUAAUACAGGCACUACUAGCAGACAGUCGGCUCUGAGAGCUGUAGGGCCAGACUCUUGUGGCCUGAAGUUUGCCGGGCACUAAAAAUACAACACACACAACCCUCUGGAAUCAGUGUUACUGCUACACUUCCCUGUACAUACAUGCGGACCGAACAGUACUGCCUUUGUCAUUACACUUCUUUGUUCAAUUCUUAUUUGCUUUAAAAUCAAUAUGAAGAUUCACACAGUAGGUAUGGUGCUUCAAAAGUCAUUCUAAUUGUAUUGUUAGGCAUAAGUUUUAGUUGGCACAUUAAAUCUAUAUUUUAGUUCAGUAUUUUAACUGAUUUUGUUCUGACAAAUUAAACUGUUUCACAAUGUAUUAGAAAUGGAUCAUCUAUGCAUUUAAUUUAAAUAUUUUGUAAAAGUGAUUCCAAAAUUCAUUUGAGAAUAAAAAUCACUGUUGAAGAGCCCAUAAUGGGAUGAAUAUGGUGACGUGCACUUCCCUGCAUUGGUUGUUUGUAUGUACAAAUGUUAUAAGUUUGUACUCAAUGAAAAUAUCCUCAAUUCAACUCUAUUUUUCUUAAAGAAAAGUCACUUGUUUUCAAUAAACAAUUUACAGUAUGAACCAAA